AUGAUUUCUCACCAUGGCUUGAGUGUGGCCGUGGCAGUCCUCGCUGGCCUGCCUCGGCUGACCGCGGCAGACAGUUCGCCCUAUCUCCUUACACAAAACUACCUCCCGCACAACUUGACCGACGGCUUCGUCUUCCGCACGGCUGCCGACUACCCCGGCACAGGCGAUCCCACGCAUGGAUUCGUCAACUAUGUCGGCCUGGACACGGCCACUGCGGCCGGCCUGGUCAAAGUCGUCGCCGGCAGUGCUGCUCAGGGAGCACCGUUUUCUGCCGCGCGCAAGCGGAACGAGCAGCUCUACCUAGGGGUCGACCAUACGACCGUCCUCAACGUGUCGUCCGCGGACGUGGCCAACUCGUCCGUCGUCGCUGCCACCCCCACCCCCAGCCCCGCCGGCCGCGGCCGCUCAUCCGUCCGCCUCGAGUCCCGUGCCACCUUCUCCCGCGGCCUCCUCGUCGCCGACUUUGCCCACAUGCCUGCCGGCCAGUGCGGCGUCUGGCCCGCCUUCUGGGCGUACAAUUUCAGAGAGGACCCCGUCGGCGAGGUCGACCUGCUCGAGGGCGUCAACCACCAGGCGGCCAACAUGGUGUCGCUGCAUACGGGCGGCACGUGCGAAUUCGGAGCGUCGGCCGACGAGACGGGCGUGGACCGCCGCGAUUCGUGCACGGUGGUCUAUGGAAACGCAUCGACAUACGGCGGCUGUGGCAUCACGGCGCCGGCCGCAGCCAAUACGUACGGGACCGCCUUCAACCGCGUCGGUGGCGGCGUGUAUGCAGCCCUGCUCGAGGCGGACCAGCUGCGGGUCUGGCACUGGCCGCGGGGCGGUGUUCCGGCGGAUGUGCAGCAGGGAGCACCAGACCCUUCCCUGACGUCCACCUGGGGCCGGCCGCUGGCCGUCUUUUCGCAGGCCAACGGCGGCUGCGAUGUGGCGGCCAACUUCCACACCCUGACGUUGAUUUUGAACACGGACUUUUGCGGCAUCAACCAGGCGAACGGCAUAUGGAACAACGACGCGGCGUGUGCAGCGUACCCGACCUGCGAGGCCUUUGUGGCGAGCCACCCGGAGGCCUUCAACGAGACGUACUGGCUGGUGAACUCGAUCCGGGUCUACGAACCGGGACAGUCGACAGGGCCGGUGGUGCCAGUUCCUGUGAAUACGACAACGCCGGUCAAUACAACGACACCUGUGUCCACGGCCCGUCCCACACAGCCGCCGUUGUCGUCAAACUCGACACUGCCGGCGCCCAUCUAUACAAAUACAACAUCGCACGUCGUGCCGGUACCGACGGCCAACACGACGACAUGGACGACGCUCGGAAACCGAGACGACUUCUCCGACGACAUCUCUGACGACAUCUCUGACAACGGUACAAAAUUCAACUUCUCAGAUACCGACGUCAACAACAUCAUCAACAUCGACGACAUCUACAUCAACGACAUCAACGGUAUCAACAACUUUUGCAUCAACAACUUCUACACCAACAACAUCUACACCAACAACAUCUACAUCAACAUCUACAUCAACAUCUACAUCAACAUCUACAUCUACAUCAACAUCUACAUCAACAUCUACAUCAACAUCUACAUCAACAUCUACAUCAACAUCUACAUCAACUUCCACAUCAACUUCUACAUCAACUUCUACAUCAACUUCUACAUCAACAACGUCAUCAACAACUUCUUCAUCAGCAUCCACAUCAUCUACAUCUACAUCUACAUCAGCAACUUCUACUUCAAAAACAACAACGCCGACAACACUCCGGACGACGACUACAAAGACAAAACCCCCUACAGUCGAGCCCACACCAACAAGCAAAAAGACGACAACAAUCACCCAUCCACCCGGGCCCACCAAAACGCCCUAUUGGCCAUGGCCGAUCUGGACGACGCCGGGGCCUGCCAAACCGACGCCAACAACGGAGCCCCCAACCAAGCCGACUCCGACUGCCUCUCCCACCAGCCCCGUUGUCCCUGCCUGGCCCAAAUGGCCACAUUGGCCCGCACCCGUGCAGCCCUGGCGGCCCUGGACGCCGUGGCAUCCGUGGGGGCCGCCGACGCCCAUGGCGAAGGCCAUGGCGACGACGACGAUGGGGACGACGAUGGGCCGUACAGUGGCAAUCCGUUUAGGGAUGACGGCGAUGGCGAUGAUGACGACGACGACGACGGUGACGACGACUCUUCGGGUGAAUGGAAGUGGAAACAUCACCAUCACCACUGA